CAACGUGCGUCUCUCUUUCGUCAUAAGUUCUAGCCUCCCAGUGUUGUAAUGCGGAUUGUGUGUGCAUGUGGAUUAAAAGCCGUAAGAAUUACUGCCUAGAAUGAAAGCAAGCAGAACCUUGCACAUUUUUGGUACCGGAGUCAGGAUGCGUCCUGUCCGAAAGUCCGUGUGUGCACUGAUGGUGCUGACAGCAUCCCUGGCUUUUCUGUACCUUCACGUAUGGUCGCCAAAGCCUUACAGUACGGUGGACCUGCGACAUCGGCCUGACCAGAUGCCUGAGCUCUUGUUGUAUGAUCACCUGCUGCUGCCUGACAAGAAAUAUGCACAUGUUGCUUUCCGGAUCAAGGAGGAGAUUCUGGAGCUUCUUCCUAAAAAUUCCUGUAAAUGUGAAGUGGAACCAAGUUUGAACCUGCCCUUUCAGAAACAGCUCUUUGGCCAGGUUUGGUCUAUGGAAUUUGCCAAUGCCUUCAAACCUUCUGAUCUGAUUGACAUCAACAACAAACGAGAACAGGAAUACCAUAUUUAUUGGCAAAGGUCUCAGUCCCCAGCUGACCAGCUGCUCAUAGUCCCAGCCAACUCACCACUAGAAUAUCCAGCUCAAGGUGUAGAAGUUCGUCCCCUCCAGACCAUUCUUAUUCCAGGUUUGAGCUUACAGGCAGCUGAAAGGACGACGUACCGGGUAAGAUGCUUGAUGCCCAGCGAUUGGAGGACAGGGGUUAGGGCGUAGGUCCCUCCCCCUGUUGCAGCUUUAUUCAUUGUUGCUGAUACUCAUGGCCCUUGGCAAGAAUGAAGGCCACUUUAUGUGAGCUACCCCUUUGCCCUGCCCUUUGGAUCUUUCCCCUUUUCUUGGAGGGCAACAUACUUUCAAAACAGGCCUGGCACUAUUUUUGGACAGCACAAUUUUGAUGGCAAUCAAAGGGCUGUCAGUGAUUAAUAAUGUAACUUGAUGCUGUAUUUUUAUUGCCAUGGAAAAGGGAAGGCAGCGCUGGGACACCCUUAGAUGCCAACAUAACUUGGCUGGAUUUCAGAAGUGUAGGGUCGAUGUGAGAGGACCUGGCCCGCUUAUGUAGAAAAAGAGUGCAUUGGAAAGUGUGCAUGUUUGUUUGUUUAUUUAUUUGUUGUUGUUUAGUCGUUAAGUCAUGUCCGAC